AUGUCGGAAAAACUGUACACUGAGGAACAAGAGAAGCUCACUCUUUCGAUUUUGGGGAAAGAUAAGCACGCCUUCUACGAGAUGCUGGAGGUAGAUCGAAAAGCUUCGGAUAAUGAAAUUAAAAAGGCGUACCGGAAGCUUGCGAUUCGAUUGCAUCCGGACAAGAACAGCCACCCUCGGGCAAGUGAAGCAUUCAAGAAGAUUAACAGGGCUUUUGAAGUGUUGAGUGAUGAGCAGAAAAGACAGAUGUUCGACCAGCUGGGGCGGGAUCCUGAUGACAGAGCGGCUGCUGCCGCUAGAGAUCCAUUUGCGGGCAGUAGUAGUGGGUUUCAAGGCAACAGUGGCUUCGCACCUGAAGGUAUGUUCUUCAGACGAGCAGCUGGUGGCCCACCGGAGGACAUUUUUGAUUUUUUGUUUAAUGCACAUGCCGCGGGCGGUGGUCAUCCAUUCAAUAGUCCAUUUGGCGGUCCUUUUGGGGGACCUUUUGAGGGGCCGUUUGGGAGAGGUGCUACCUUCACGUUCGGAGGCCCCAGUGGCUUUAGAGUUUACACUAACGGGCAAGGCACACAGGGGAUAGACAAACUGCCAAUAGACAACAGGAACAAACGGAAGAUCAGGAACAAAUGCAGCAAAUUGUGAGGAUAUUAAUACCUAUAUUACUCAUUUUGUUUCUCCCCAUGUUGGAAAGACUUCUUUUUGGGGCCUGA